AUGACUAGCAACCGGAACCCGCCGUCUAAGAAGCGCGCUGCAUCACCAGCAAAAGGCAGUCGUACCUCCAAACGCUUACAAGUAUCAAGCAAAGUGUCUCGUCCACCACUCUCGAAGAUCACCUCUCAGCAUGGAAGCGCGCUUCUAAGUCUCCCUCGUGAGAUUCGAGAUCAAAUCUACACGAAGGCUCUCGAAGAAUCACCUCUUACAUUUCGCGUGGAUAAACUCAUGGUCAUUGCGACACACAAUCCGGAAGUUUCCAUCGAGGCCUCGAAACCAGUAUGUCGAGGUCUUCCACUCUGGAUGUUAUCUAGUCGACAGGUGCUUUACGAAGUCCUGGAUCUAAUUGCAUGGACCUUCACUUUCCAGCCACUUGGGCGGAUAACUGGACCUGAACGAGAACUCGCGGGAGCACCAAAUUCACUUAUCUUCACUAACGAUGGCGUACGAAACAUCAAGCUUCGCUACCUGGUCUUUAACACGAAGGAGUACCUCGGCGAACACCUGAUCAUUCCUUUCCUCAAGCUAAUGAAUGACUUGUCUCUCAAAAACGCGUGUUUGGAGCUGGUUUGGAGUUAUACAAGCUUCCGGUACGCCUUGAUGCCGGACGAGGCCAAUUUGUUCAUCCAUGCGUGGGCAGAACACUGGAAUGGCAGAUUUCGCAAAGUUAAGAUUGAAAUUGAGGCUGAGACAGAUCCUAAGCAGUUGUGGAUCAUGGGUGAGGCCGAGAAGUGCGCAGUGAGGCUGAUUGGUACUGGUGGAUCCGUAUCUUGGAAAACCCUGGACAGCCGCGAUGUUCAGUACUACAAAACGUGCAAGAAGCCUACUUCCUGGGCAUGGUAUGAGAAACGAUCUGUAGUUGCUGAGCGCAAGAUAUAA